AUGAGAUUUCAGCACUUCUUCCACCUUAUUCUUGUUGUAUGCACAAGUCUUCUGCUGAUCAGCGGACAGAAAGCAGGUAAAAUUGGAGAAGGAAAAAUGCAAAGGCACAAUUGUUUGCAAAGAAGAUGUAUGCCUCUCCAUUCGAGAGUUCCCUUUCCCUAAGACGGCCAGUGAAAACACAAAGGACUUAGAGCACCUGCUACUGCUUCACUAUCUCGGAUUUUCAAAGGUGGGGUGAAAACUGAAAAGGACCUGUUUAUUUCAAAGAAUUCAGACUGGAGAGAACACUAGUUUUUGAUUGGUGAACACAUAUUCACUCAAGACUUGGACAAAGAGUUCCUAAUGAAAAAGCAACAGAAAAUCAUAGAAGCAGAACCUUAAACCAAUGCUCAAAAUUGGAAACAUAAUUCUCUCCAGGUAAUUACUUCCUUCGACAGAAGACAACCAAAGGACAACUAAAAUAUGUAUUUCGCUGUAAUUGCAAUCAAGUGCGUGAAUUGCCACUUGAAUAGUUAUAAUAUCAAAAUUAUGUGGUUUAGCAAUCUACAUUCCAGUUAAGUUAAACUAGAUCAUGCGAUUGUAAAAUAAACCUCAUCUUUCUCAACUAUAACAUUGCACCAUUAUUGAGGUUCUUUAAGAAACGAUCUGGGUAGAAAUUAGUGAAAUGUAAUUACUGAAACUUAUUUAACCUUCAAUAAUUGGAUCUCUCAUUUCUGAAACAAAUUAAAGAUAUUGUAUCAAUGCCGUGCUUUUGC